UGCUGGGGGGAGAACAGGGUUUUCAUGGGGCAGCAGCCUAGGCAGGACCCGCAGCCAUGAACCGCUUCAAUGGGCUCUGCAAGGUGUGCUCGGAGCGCCGCUACCGCCAGAUCACCAUCCCGAGGGGGAAGGACGGCUUUGGCUUCACCAUCUGCUGUGACUCUCCCGUUCGAGUCCAGGCCGUGGAUUCUGGGGGCCCGGCAGAGCGAGCAGGGCUGCAGCAGCUGGACACGGUGCUGCAACUGAAUGAGAGGCCUGUGGAGCACUGGAAAUGUGUGGAGCUGGCCCACGAGAUCCGGAGCUGCCCUGGUGAGAUCAUCCUGCUCGUGUGGCGCAUGGUGCCCCAGAUCAAGCCGGGGCCAGAUGGGGGGGUCCUGCGGCGGGCCUCCUGCAAGUCGACACAUGACCUCCAGUCACCCCCCAACAAGCGGGAGAAGAACUGUACUCACGGGGUCCAGGCACGGCCUGAGCAGCGCCACAGCUGCCACUUGGUGUGUGACAGCUCUGAUGGGCUGCUGCUUGGUGGCUGGGAGCGCUACACAGAGGUGGCCAAGCGUGGGAGCCAGCACACCCUGCCUGCCCUGUCCCGUGCCACUGCCCCCACCGACCCCAACUACAUCAUCCUGGCCCCACUGAACCCAGGGAGCCAGCUGCUUCGACCUGUGUACCAGGAGGAUACCAUCCCUGAAGAAUCUGGGAGUCCCAGUAAGGGGAAAUCCUACACGGGCCUGGGCAAGAAGUCCCGGCUGAUGAAGACAGUGCAGACCAUGAAGGGCCAUGGGAACUACCAGAACUGCCCGGUCAUGAGGCCACACGCCACGCACUCCAGCUAUGGCACCUACGUCACCCUGGCCCCCAAAGUCCUGGUGUUCCCAGUCUUUGUUCAGCCUCUAGAUCUCUGUAACCCUGCCCGGACCCUCCUGUUGUCGGAGGAGCUGCUGCUAUACGAGGGGAGGAAUAAAGCUGCCCAGGUGACACUGUUUGCCUACUCGGACCUGCUGCUUUUCACCAAGGAGGACGAGCCUGGCCGCUGUGACGUCCUGAGGAACCCUCUCUACCUCCAGAGUGUGAAGCUGCAGGAAGGUUCCUCAGAAGAUCUGAAAUUCUGCGUGCUGUACCUGGCAGAGAAGGCAGAGUGCUUAUUCACUUUGGAAGCACACUCGCAGGAGCAGAAGAAGAGAGUGUGCUGGUGCCUGUCGGAGAACAUCGCCAAGCAGCAACAGCUGGCAGCGUCGCCCCUGGAGAGCAAGAUGUUUGAGACAGAGGCAGAUGAGAAGAGGGUGAUGCCCUUGGAGGAAGAGAAGGGGCCAGGUGCUGAGGACCCCCCACCCAGCAAGGACUCCUCUCCUGGCAAGGAGCUCCCUCCAGGUCUUCCACCUAGCAAGGACUCCUCUUCUGGGCAGGAACUCGCUCCUGGCCAGCAAUCACUAUCCAGCAAAGAUGGACCUACCAGCAAAGAACUCCCUCCAGGGCAAGAUGCCCUGCCAAGCCAGGACGCCCCACCAUGCCAGGAACCCCCUGCAGCCCAAGAUCUCCCACCCCACCAGGACCUUCCUGCUAGUAAAGAACCCCCUCCUCACCAGGAGCCUCCCCUCAGCAAAGACCUCUCUGCCGCCCAGGAACCCUCUGCCCAGGACCCGCCACCCUGUCAAGAUCUGCUUCCCAGCCAGGAUGCCCUGCCAGCCAAAGGCCUUACUGAGAAGACUGUGGGCUCUGGGGACCCACCAGCAACCACCGGGGACCCUCCUGAAGCCUCUAGGCCAACCUUCGUGAUCCCUGAGGUCCGGCUGGAUAGCGCCUACAGCCAGGAUGCAGGGGCAGAGGGAGGCAGCUCGGGAGAUGAGGAGGACGCAGAGGAUGCCGAGGAGGGGGAGGAGGGGGAGGAGUAUGAGGAUGAGGACACCAGUGACGACAACUAUGGAGAGCACAGUGAGGCCAAGCGCAGCAGCAUGAUUGAGACAGGCCAGGGCGCUGAGGGUGGCCUCUCGCUGCGCAUGCAGAACUCACUGCGGCGCCGGACGCACAGCGAGGGCAGCCUGCUGCAGGAGACCCGCGGGCCCUGCUUCACCUCUGACACCACCUUGCACUGCUCUGACGGCGAGGGCACUGCAUCCUCCUGGGCCAUACCUUCACCCCGCACCCUCAAGAAAGAACUGGGCCGCAACGGUGGCUCCAUGCAUCACCUUUCUCUCUUCUUCACAGGACACAGGAAGAUGAGCGGGGCCGACACAGUUGGGGAUGAUGAUGAAACCUCCCGGAAGAGAAAGAGCAAAAACCUAGCCAAGGACAUGAAGAACAAGCUGGGCAUCUUCAGACGGCGCAAUGAGUCCCCUGGGGCCCCUCCGGUGGGCAAGGCAGACAAAAUGAUGAAGUCAUUCAAGCCCACCUCAGAGGAAGCCCUCAAGUGGAGUGAGUCCUUGGAGAAGCUGCUGCUUCACAAAUAUGGGUUAGCGGUGUUCCAGGCCUUCCUUCGCACUGAGUUUAGUGAGGAGAACUUGGAGUUCUGGCUGGCUUGUGAGGACUUCAAGAAGGUCAAGUCACAGUCCAAGAUGGCAGCCAAAGCCAAGAAGAUCUUUGCAGAAUACAUUGCGAUCCAGGCGUGCAAAGAGGUAAACCUGGACUCAUACACACGGGAGCACACCAAGGACAACCUGCAGAGUGUGACUCGGGGCUGCUUUGACUUGGCACAGAAGCGCAUCUUUGGGCUCAUGGAAAAGGACUCAUAUCCUCGUUUUCUCCGCUCUGACCUCUACCUGGACCUUAUUAACCAGAAGAAGAUGAGUCCCCCGCUUUAGGGGCCAAUGGAGUAGAGCUCAGCAUUCACACCAGGCAGGCUGGGCCCCCUGCCCACCUGCCUCCCUACCCCCUGCGACGGAGGGGGCAAGCAAGCCCCCAGAGGCUAUGUCUCUGGACAGAGAGAUGGACAUUUGGAUGUGAGGCCUGGACCAAGAGAGGCCCGGCCUACUUGGAGGAAUAGAAGGACUGGCCCGGUUGGGUCCCCGCUGCCCCGGUACGAGGGAGGCCCAAGGGUCCUGGCAGGUCAGGGGCCCCAUCUAAGCCAGAUAUGGAGCUGCCGCUCCCUGCUGCGGAGACUUCGGAGACUUUGUGUUGACCAAGUUCCUUAAAGAACUGGCUGGUGGUGCAGGAGGCCCAGGCUUGGGCUCUGGGCCCCUCCUAGGGGGCCACUGGGACUCACAGCUCAGACCCUUGCCUUGGGUUUUAUUUAUUUAAACAGUAGUUGGAUGCUUGGUGCGUCGUCCUGUGAUAGGAAACCCUUGCCUCAUCAGUUUUCCUAAUUUACAAGUGCAAUAUUUUAACCAAUGCCUUGUGAAAAGCCACCUUGCAGAGGUGGACACCAUUUUUCAGUUUCAGGGGAUUUGCUGGUCUCAGCACCAGUGGCAGGCAGCUGUGCCUUCUGGAUUGAUGAGGCCUGGUGGGACACUGCAGUCUGACCACACACAGAAAUAUGGUACCCCCUGGGUAGAGUGUCCCUUGGGGGCUCUGGGAAAGCAUGGCACCCUCAGACCACACAGUAGCCAAGUUCUGGAGCAAAUAAAAGGCCUGUGUUAUUGUUCU